AUGGCAUCGUACAUCUGGGACAUUUCCGAACGCAAUGAUCCGCUGAUGGAGCUGCGGGCAAUGUCCCCGCUUAUUUGCUGCCAGUACAAUCAGAAGAAUGCGGAUUGGCUCCUGGGUGGUAGCUACAAUGGCCUCAUCAACCACUACGACUUGCGCAAGG